AGCGAAAGUUUCUACUGUAAAGCUUCUCAGAGAAAUCGACUCCUGUGGAUUAAACAGGUAAGACGAUCACACUGUAACUGAGAAAAGUUCGAACUGCAAUUUUUUUGCGGCCUUAGCUUUCCAGCUGAAGAAAAGGAAACUGUUAGCGCAAAAAGUGUGAACAGGGGGUUUUUUUCAGCUCGUAAAACUAGAUCAAUGUCUCACUGUAAUAAAGAGAAAAACAACUCUUUAGCAACUGGAAGUUUCUGUGAUUGGAAGAUAAUUCAACUUCUUUUUCUUUUGUAUCGAACAGUUUGUUAAUACUAGGUUUUGAAGAAAAUUGUCUAUCUUUCUUCUCCAGUGCCUAUUCGUCAUGACUUGGAUCGAAGAUAUCGACUACCUAUGUCCUUGGUUGAUGAAUAAUCUGCGAGCAGCUUCAGAACGAGUGAAUGAUUUAAAGGAAUGCCAAGCAGUGCGCAUGCUCAGACAAAUGAAGAAAUUUAUCUUAAACCAUCCAGUCUUCUCACUCUUCCUGGCUAUCGUAGUUAGCCUUGUUUUUCUGCCACUCCUCUUGUUCCUUACCUUUGUAUCAAGCUCAUUCGUGGUAGUGUCAGUAAGUGCACUAACAGUCCUUGGGGGAACAUUUGUGGUGGCUUUGUUCUCGUUCCUCGUAGCUCUGUCCCCAGCACUGGUGUUUGGAGGCAUCCAGGCAAAACUUAUUUACCUUCUGUUCUGUUUCGUCAUGAAAAUGCUGCAAAUUAUCAAGAGAUUGAAGUACAAGUGCUUAGCUGCUUCCCGGCGUUUAAGACAUCUUCGUCGUUGUCGGAGAGAACCAGUUCAAUUUGUUGGCUCACAAGUCGGCCCGGCAUGUUUUGCGGCCGAAUACGAGCAUUCUUUUAUCCCAGCUCUUAAUGAGGAGUAAUGAGGAGCUCUUCUAAAAGAAGCAACGGAACACAACUUGGUUAGGGACAAAAGACGGGAAAUACCUAAACUCCACACUGUCUUACCUCACUCAAACUGGAGUAGCUUACGACGAAAAUACUUAAGCAAAAUUCCAACAGACAUAAACUUACUGAGUUGUAGGCCAAAAGCAUCAACAUUUCCGGAAUCUCGGACGCCAUUUUCCCCGGGCUACAUCCGCAAAAAUCCUCGCAGCGUAUACGCGCGUGUGCGCACGCGAUGGCUUAAUUUGUUCUAAAAAUAGCAAAAUUGUCCCAUAUAGGGAAGGUUCCAAUACUAGAAAUGGCGCGCGCUUGCGGUCUCCGCCCCCAAUUAAGGGUCCUGCUAACACCCUCUAGUAAAUAAUAUAUAGAUUUAGCCAAGCCUAAAAGUGGAGCUCCUGGGCCGCUUUGUUCGAAACUCGCUUAAGCUAACCCAGGCUAAGCAAGAAUUUCAAUUUGAGUUUUGUGACUUUGCGGCGAGGUUUUCUUUUUAUAUUUUUGGCCUUCUGUUUUGAUUUUGAAUAAUCUGAAACUACACCAUGAGCCCUGACCCUAAAGCAGUGAAAAACACUUGUAGAGAAGAUAAAUUUACACUUCGGUUAACGUUCAAUCCUGGGUUACCCUUAAUCCAAUUUCCGAACAACCUGGCCCUGAUUACAACAAAUUAACCUGACAUGAGCCUGCGAUUCAAUCGAAAACACGUAC